AUGAGAAAAAUAGUCAAUUUUUUAAUACUGAAGCAUUCAUUAAUCUUUCUUGUUUUAGAAUUAAGUGAACAACAAAGAGAAUUUCGAGAAACAACGAGAAAAUUUGUGCAUGAUGAGAUUAUUCCAAAAGCUGGGGAAUAUGACAGAACCGGAGAAUACCCCUGGCCAAUAAUCAAAAAAGCGCAUGAGAACGGCCUAUUGAAUUUUGAAAUUCCAGAAAAAUAUGGCGGUCUGGGACUGGAUUCUUUGACCGCUACAAUUGUAUCCGAGUCGCUUGCUUACGGUUGUACAGGAAUAACGACAGGAAUGUUAACUAACGGUCUUGCGGAAACACCUCUGAUUAUUGCUGGUACUGAAGAACAAAAGAAGAAGUUUCUAGGGCGCAUGAUUGAAGAACCAUUAGUAGCAUCCUACGCUGUUUCCGAACCUGGGGCCGGUUCAGAUGUUGCCGGUAUAAAAACAAAGUCAGAGAAAAAAGGCGAUGAGUACGUGAUUAAUGGUUCAAAAAUGUGGAUAACAAACGCCGGACAUGCAAACUGGUUUUUCGUGCUGACACGUAGCGAUCCAAAUCCAAAAACACCUGCCAGCAAAGCUUUUACAGCAUUUGUUGUUGAAGGAGAUACUCCCGGUAUAACGAGAGGAAAAAAAGAAAUAAAUAUGGGGCAACGAGCUUCUGAUACUCGAGGGAUCACUUUCGAAGACGUCCGAGUCCCAGCAAGUGCUGUCGUUGGUAAGCCUGGUGAAGGUUUCCUUAUAGCCAUGAAGACAUUUGAUAGGACUCGACCGGCAGUAGCUGCAAUGGCUACUGGUUUGUCAGCAAGAUGUUUAGAUGAAGCAGCUAGAUAUUCACUGGAAAGAAAAGCUUUUGGUACUCAUAUUGCCAAUUUCCAGGCAAUAUCAUUCAUGCUUGCCGAUAUGGCGAUAAAUUUGGAAUUGUCCCGGUUAAUAACUUACCGAAGUGCCUUUGAACUUAGAGCUGGUAGAUCUGGAUCGUAUUUCUCAUCAAUGGCCAAAUGUUUUGCCGCCGAUACUGCAAACGCUGCAGCUACAAAUGCUGUCCAGAUAUUCGGUGGAAACGGAUAUAAUAGUGAAUAUCCUGUGGAAAAACUGAUGCGAGAUGCAAAAAUAUUCCAAAUAUAUGAAGGAACUAGUCAAGUUCAGCAUUUGGUAAUUGCGAAACAGCUGUUGAAAAAGGUUGUUGAUACUGGAUUUGCAUCUCGGGUGAUAUGA